AAGUGAUUCACAGCAAGUGUAGUAGUAGUAGUAGUAGUAGUAGUAGUGUUAGCCUAGCCAGCUUCAAUCUUGAAUCAUGGCAACCACCCACCGCCAACCUCUUCUAGACACUACUAAGAAGAGCCCCACUUUCUCCUGCAAAGCCAUCUUCUUGUUCCUCUCUGCGACUGCUAUUAUCUGCCCAUCAGCUUUCGUAGCUUACCAUUUGAUCAACAACACUACCCCCCAUCUCUCUUUGCCAUAUCAAUUAUGUAGUAGGUUCCAUGGCCCAGCCUCGUGCCUCCAGAUCUUCUUGAACAACUCUGUCCCACGCAUCGCCGAAGCCAUCGAUGUCGCCGACCAUAUCCGCCGCCGGAGCAAUGAUGCCCGUGAGGAGGGUCCUCUUGCUGACUGUGUGGAUCUGAUGAAACUCUCCAUCGACCGUGUGAAGGACUCUGCCGUCGCCAUCGGCAUUGGUUCCACUGCCUCACUCGCCGACGCCCAUACAUGGCUAAGUAGCGUACUAACCAACCAUGAGACUUGUUUAGAUGGGCUCAAUAGUGGGCCGACUCAAUCAUCCAUAAAGGCCCAGAUCCUUGACUUGAAAGCCCAGGCUAAAACCUCCUUAGCAAUGUUCACUGCGAUCUCACCGUCGGAUGAAGAGGUAUUCCGGCCAUUGAACGGGAGACUCCCAUCGUGGGUCACCAGUAGGGACCGUAAGCUUCUGGAGUCUCUUCCAAAGGAUGUCAAGGUCAAUGCCAACGUUGUGGUAGCCAAGGAUGGUAGCGGGAAAUACCAGACGGUGCAGCAAGCGGUGGCGUCGGCGCCGGACAAUGGGAAGAGCAGGUACGUGAUCUAUAUAAAGAAAGGAACUUACAAGGAGAACGUUCAGAUUGGGAAGACGAAGAAGAACCUGAUGAUCGUUGGUGAUGGCAUGGGUUCUACCAUCAUUACAGGCAGCCUCAACGUGGUUGAUGGAUCCACAACCUUCAACUCGGCUACAGUUGCUGCUGUUGCUGAUGGAUUCAUAGCCCAAGACAUCUGGUUCCAGAACACGGCCGGACCGCAGAAGCAUCAAGCCGUCGCACUCCGGGUCGGUUCGGAUCAAUCCGUAAUAAACCGGUGCAGGAUAGACGCAUACCAAGAUACACUCUACACCCACAGCCUUCGUCAGUUCUACAGAGACUGUUACAUCACCGGCACCGUCGAUUUCAUCUUUGGAAAUGCAGCUGUUGUGUUCCAGAACUGUCAAGUGGUUCCUAGGAAACCCAUGAGUGGCCAACAAAACACGAUAACAGCCCAAGGUCGAACCGACCCGAACCAGAAUACUGGGACUUCGAUCCAGAAUUGCCAGAUCAUACCAAGCUCUGAUCUUUCAGCGGUGAAGAGCUCAGUACGGAGUUAUCUUGGACGUCCAUGGAAAGAGUACUCAAGGACGGUGGUGAUGCAAUCAAACAUUGGGGACUUCGUUGAUCCACAAGGAUGGUUGGCUUGGAGUGGGGACUUUGCAUUGAAGACACUAUACUAUGGGGAGUACUCAAAUAGCGGUGGGGGUGCAGGUACCAGCAAGAGAGUGAGAUGGGCUGGUUAUCAUGUCAUCACCAGUGCGGCAGAAGCAAGCAAAUUCACUGUGGCACAGUUGAUACAAGGUGGGGUAUGGUUGAAAUCAACUGGAGUGACUUAUACUGAGGGUCUCUGAUGUGAUAGAAUUAAGUAGAGAAAAUAAAGAGUCCUCUUUCUUUCUCUGUAUCGUGUUAAGUAAUAAUUUCAGUUUAAUGAAUGGGCUUUGGCCUUUCUUCUU